UAAAGUCUCAGAGUAAGAAAUUGAAAUCUGAAAGCAGUACCAGUAAAAAAACGUCUAGCAGCAAAAAAACUGAUACUGGGAGUGGAAAGAGUAAGGAUAAAUCAAAAGAGAAAAAACAUACAAGUGUUAGCAAACUCGAAGCACCAGGCUUCUGUAUCGUUCCGUCUAGUGGCACCGUGGAACCAAACGAAACGAUUCAAAUCACUGUCGAAAGCAAUCCCCAAAAGCAGAAGCAAUACGAGGAAACGGUAGUAAUUUUCGUGUCCGAGCCUCAGAAAGAAGAUGUCAACGGUAGACGAAUUACUUUGCACGUAGAAGGUUCAGAGCCUAGUUUGAAUUUCGGCGACGUCCAAAAACUAUUCAAGGAACACUUCAUAGUUGAAGAUUUAGAGCAGUUCAAAUGUCCCGAGAAUAUCGCAGGCCAUUGUAUAUUUGUGAAAUCUGAAAACGCGCUCUAUUUCCGAAAUGUGUGCAUUAAUGAAAAAUAUAAAACGAGAGUUUAUCUGCAGAAUCUAGGACAAGUUAUAGCCAAUGUUUCGGCCAAAGUAAUGGAAACCAAGAGCAGUUUUUCUGUAUCUCCGGAUUCCUUUAGUAUCGAACCUUAUACCUCAGAAUCUGUUGCGAUCAGUUUCCAACCGGAUUCUAUAAAUAUAUUCGAAAACAAACUGGAAGUAAGCUACAACGCCUCCACCGAUAACAAUUUUUCAUUAACCCUAUUUGGACAAAGCUGUGUUCCUCAAAUACAACUACUGAAGCCCAAAGUAGACGAAAACAACCGAUUCACUUUGAAUUUUGAUCCCACUUAUAUCGACCUCAACGCCAGUCGUGAAAUAGAGAUACAAAACGUCGGCCCCAUUCCUUGUAAGGUUAUCAUGGAUUUGUGCGGCAAUGACAGAGAAACGUUCAGUCUGAGGCCAUGCAGCGACAGCGCUGAUCUAUUGAAUCUACAUGGAAUGAAAGAUUUCGAAGAAACCACCUCAUCUACGAUGGUUAAUUUGCUUCCUUGCCAAAAAGCCAAUUUCCAUCUUAUAUUCUGGUCAAAAUUGGAAUUGGUCACAAACGUAAAAUUGAAGAUACAUACUGUCAACAAUCCUUUCGAGGUUAUAAAUAUUGAUGUCAGAGGACAAGGCUACUAUAACGACAUCCAUUUGGGAGCAUUACCGACAUUUUGUCAUCAUUCUUCGGUGGCGUAUUUACUGGAUUUUGGCUAUACCACAUUGAAUCGAUUGGAGAAGAAAUGUUUCACUAUCAAAAAUAAUUCCUCCAAAAAUAUAUACAAAUUCGAAUUUACAAACCUUGGAAAUCUUAUGUUGGUACCUAGAGUUGGCCACUUGAAGCCUUAUUCUUGUAAAGAGAUAAUCGCGAAUAUAUCUACGAGGAAGCCGAUUUGCUUAGAUAAGAUCAAAUUGGAAUGUAAGUAUAUUCCUAUCGAAUAUGUGAACACUGAAUUAGAAGAGAUAUCUUGGGAUGACAGGCAACAGUUCGACAUGUGGGACAAUACAGACGAAACUCAAUAUUUUCAGGAAGCUAUAACUAUUGCAAAAAGAGAAGUUCUGAGGGCGAGUAUUCCAGACACAAGUCGAAAAGAUAAAACAAAAUGCAUCAUGAAUAGAUUAGAACCCGACAUUCAGUUUAUGUCCAAUGCUUGGGAAACUAUUCCGAUAUUUUUCACUAUAAUUGCCGACUAUGCAAAUUACGAAUGUACCGUCAGAGAGUUGAUUUUUCCAGAGACCUACGUCAAUCAAAAGAGCGAAGUCACUUUCCUAGUUACGAACCCUGGACCGGUACCGUUUCGCAUUGAUUGGAUACUAAGUUGUGAUGAGAUAGUAUUUCCCAAAAGAGUGUCUUCCGCCAAUUUCAACGAAACGAAAGACACUCUCCUGGCACCAGUUCCCUCUCUGGAAACGUCUGUGAGUUCCACAACGUUAUUCAGCUCCGAGUCCUUCAUGGGGGACAACCUUUUACCAUUCGAAAUAUUUCCGAAACAAACCACUAUACCGAUCACACGGGCCCAGACGUUCCGUUUAGUUUUCACCCCCUUGGUGGCUUCGCAAUACUAUCUCAGGCUCAUUUCCAAUAUUUCCGCGCUGGACCCCAACGUUCGGAAUAUGGACAUUUCAGUGACGGCGGAAAGUCUUGUGCCGGAGUGUUACUUCGAAAUCGACAAGCCGGAAUAUAUUGGGAGGAGACCCAGUACCGGAAUAUAUGGGAACCAGGGUGAAGAGAAGGUUGAAAUAGUGGAAUUGCUUUCCGUUGGAAUUGGAGUAACUUCUGUCAAAAAAUUCUACGUCGUGAACACAUCGGUUGGUCCAUUGUCUUUCAAACUAGAAUCCUUGAAUGCAGACAACCGUUUCACGUACUUCCAAUGCUUGACUCCGUCCGGCUGCAUUCAGCCAGGAAAAAAAUUCGACCUAAUCUUCAACUUCACACCCCAAGAAUUGGGAAUUUUCGAAGAACGAUUCGUAUUCUCAGUCGAUUUGAACGAUUUUAAUGCGCAUAUUUUCGUUGUCGGAAAAUGCAGAGAACCCAAUAUUUACUUCACAAAAGCUCACAUUGAUAUUAGCGCCACUUUAUGGAAGAGGCAAUCCGAAGAAACGGUUAUUUUGAAGAACGAAGAAGAGAUGGAGUUUGGUUUCAAGUUUCUCAAGUCUAGUUUCUACAGCGAAGAUCACGAACAGCAUUUAACGGUUUUGCCUGUAUCCGAAAUGGUUCCUCCGAAAAGUGAAGUUGCUAUAAG